CUUGGCAUAUUAAUGUCCUUUUGAAAUUAUUAAACUCAACAAUACUAGCUGUGUUAUUUUUUGUUUUUGAAAAUGAAAAAUUCACUUCUGCUGAACCUAGAAUACCAGAAAAAUGUUUUUAUUGUCUAGAUAAAGCGCCUUCUGUUUACUUAAAACCGUGUAACCAUUAUCUUUGUGGCGACUGUUCUUUUAAAUUACCAAAACGCAGGAAGUUGUGUAAAUGUGGAAGAGGAGUCAGAAGUAUAGAGAAAGAUAUAACGGAUCCUAAUCAUAUAGAUCGUAUAUCCAGUGAUGAAUGCAGAUGUAACGGAGAAGAAGCCAUAAUUAUGUUGAAGCCCUGUAACCAUUUUAUUUGUCAUUCAUGUUCAGUUAAAAAUAGAAUGAAUCGAUUAGAUUGUCCAACGUGUAAGAAAAAAAUCUAUGAGUAUAUCGGAAUGGAUUUGUCUGAAGUGAAAUUACCACAAUAUUAUCAUUUUUGGGACUUGUGUUCGUUGAUUGAUGAAAACAAGGAACCAGAAAUAUGUGAAUCAAUGUGUUUUGAGCUUCUGCUGAAACCUGUUCGUGAACUCCGUGAAGUUGUUUUACAGCUUAUGUCUCUUAGACAAUCUCUUCGUGAAAAUUCAAUAUCUGACGAAAUUCUCUUGUUGACAUAUUGUUAUCUUGUGCCAGGUCAAGAACCAGAUAAAGAUCUAGUAAAUGAAUUUAAAACAUUGAGAAAUAUUGAUGACUUUCGUUUCAAAAUUCAAGAUAUUCAUCGACAUGUGUUUAAGUUUAAAAUUUAAAAAUAAUUUACCUUGGGAAACUAUAAAACAAGUCCGAGCUAGAAAUUGGGAUUUUUAUCCAAACGAUUUUGAACAAGAUAUGUUGGCCAACUAUUGGAAACGAAAUAAUCUACCUGUUGAAAAUCUAUUUACAGAACGCAAUUACUUUUCUAACCGAUUCAAAUAUUCAGAUAGAAUAUUUGAUAAAAAAAUAUAAAAAUAGACGAUAUUUAUUAUUGCAAUAUUAUUCUAGUUUAUAUAUUUUUUUAAUUAUAAAUAUUAUCGUUCAAUCCUAUAAUUUUAAUUAUUAUGAAUAACAAGUUUUAAAUA